CAGCGACUGCAGCAGCAGUAACAGCAGCAGAAGCGUCAGCAGGAGCAGCAACAACAGCAACAAAAAAAAAUCCUCAUCAAAUCCUCACCUAAGCUUCAGUGUAUCCAGAUCCACAUCUUCACUCAAGCCGGGAGAGGGAAAGAGGAAAGGGGGGGGGGAGGAAAAAAAAAAAAAAAAAACCCCAACAACUUAGCGAAAACUUCUCAGAGAAUGCUCCAAAACUCAGCAGUGCUUCUGGUGCUGGUGAUCAGUGCUUCAGCAACCCAUGAGGCGGAGCAGAAUGACUCUGUGAGCCCCAGGAAAUCCCGGGUGGCAGCUCAGAACUCAGCUGAAGUGGUUCGCUGCCUCAACAGUGCUCUGCAGGUUGGCUGUGGGGCUUUUGCAUGCCUGGAAAACUCCACCUGUGACACAGAUGGGAUGUACGACAUCUGUAAAUCCUUCUUGUACAGCGCUGCUAAAUUUGACACUCAGGGAAAAGCAUUUGUCAAAGAGAGCUUAAAGUGCAUCGCCAAUGGGGUUACCUCCAAGGUCUUCCUCGCCAUUCGGAGGUGUUCCACUUUCCAGAGGAUGAUUGCUGAGGUGCAGGAAGAAUGCUACAGCAAGCUGAAUGUGUGCAGCAUCGCCAAGAGGAACCCCGAAGCCAUCACUGAAGUUGUUCAGCUUCCCAAUCACUUCUCCAACAGAUACUAUAACAGACUUGUCCGGAGCCUGUUGGAAUGUGAUGAAGACACAGUCAGCACAAUCAGAGACAGCCUGAUGGAGAAAAUUGGACCCAACAUGGCCAGUCUCUUCCACAUCCUGCAGACAGACCACUGUGCCCAACUACACCCAAGAGCUGACUUCCACAGGAGGCGCACCAAUGAGCCACAGAAGCUGAAAGUCCUCCUCAGGAAUCUCCGAGGUGAGGGAACUUCUCCCUCCCACAUAAAACGCACCUCACCUGAGAGUGCAUAACCAGGGAGAGAUGUUCACCACCUCACCAACCGAGUAUCAUUUUAGAGGUGUUAAUACACCAACUUUAAGUGUACUGUGCCUGGUUUGAUUUUUUUUAAGUAGUUCCUAUUUUCUAGCCCCCUUAAAGAAAAUUGCAUGAAACUAGGCUUCUGUAAUCAAUAUUCCAACAUUCUGCAAUGGCAGCAUUCCCACAAACAGAAUACAUGUGAUCUUCUUGCCUCUCCUCUUUUAAUUGCCUUCCUUUACCAUGUCCUUCCCAGUUGCUCUCAGACUAUCAUCAAACCCAAAACAUUCAUGUAAUUCCCAAGUCAUUGUAAUUUGAAGAUGUGGAGCCCUUUAGAAUGGUUGCCCCAGUAGAGUUAGCUGAUAAGAAACAACUUAAUUUAAAUGCAUGUCUUAAAAGCUCAUAAAGAUGUUAAAUGGAAUUCGUGUUAUGAAUCUGUGCUGGCCAUGGACGAAUAUGAAUGUCAUGUUUGAAUUCUUGAUCUCUAAUGAGCUAGUGUCUUAUGGUCUUGAUCCUCCAAUGUCUAAUUUCCUUUCCAAUACAUUUACCAAAUUGCUCAAGCCUGGCCCUCCAACCAGACUUUGAGCCUGCAUCUUCUUGCAUCUAGUGAAAAACAAAAAGCUAACAUCUUUAUGUACUGUAACUGCUCAGAGCUUUAAAAGUAUCUUUAACAAUUGUCUUAAAACCAGAGAAUCUUAAGGUCUAACUGUGGAAUAUAAAUAGCUGAAAACUAAUGUACUGUACAUAAAUUCCAGAGGACUCUGCUUAAACAAAGCAGUAUAUAAUAACUUUAUUGCAUAUAGAUUUAGUUUUGUAACUUAGCUUUAUUUUUUUUUCUGGGAAUGGAAUAACUAUCUCACUUCCAGAUAUCCACAUAAAUGCUCCUUGUGGCCUUUUUUAUAACUAAGGGGGUAGAAGUAGUUUUACUCAACAUCAAAACUAAAGAUGGGCCUGUAUGAGAUAGGAAAAACCAACAGGUUUAUCUGAAGGACCCCAGGUAAGAUGUUAAUCUCCCAGCCCACCUCAACUCAGAGGCUGCUCUUGACUUAGACCUAUCCUGAAACAUUUGUCAAAUCCAACUGGGAAUUAUAGGACCCAAAAAGAGCAUCCCUUUGGACUUGGACCACUUAUGGUGUGAUAAGGCCUAUACCAUGGGAAGUGGCAGUUCUUAACUUGCCAUCUUUUAUCAGCACCCUGUACUCUGAGAAAAUGAUGACAGGGUGGGGGGCUUCCCAUUAAGCCAAUCAGGAAUGAGUCAAUAAGCCUUUGGGUCUUCAGUUUGAGGGAUUUGGGGCUGAGGGGGCAUAAAUAAUCCUGGGCUGUCCAGCCUUAAUAGACUCCUCUUACAUUUUUGUCCUGUAGCACUCUGCCUGCCAAAGUAGUCCUGGCAGCUGGGCCGUCUCUGUAGG